UGCCGCCGUGGUACUUUAGGAUACAGUGAAGUAGGCUAACAUGAACAGGACGGGGGAGGCGGUAGGGCAGAGGAUAAACAGCAACAACACUGUGUCGCACAGCAGGGCCCAUGUGUAAUGUAGAAACAUUGUUUUGAAGGAGAAAGAUAUCGUUCAGCUACGGAUGUGUAGAGUCUCUGUCAACCCCUCAGGGAGAGUAUUACUUUGAAGCAAAGCAAGGUCAGUUUCUCGGUGGAAUAACCUUGUUGACAACUGUGGUGGUGGGGCUGGAGUGUACACCUCAGGAAGAUGGCAUCGCCCUUUGUGCCUAUCCCCGUGCCCAUGGACAGAGCCUUGUCAGGUGGCAACAACAAGCUGAGACGGCCACAGCGAGCUUCGUCAUUAGGUAGCGUGUCCAGCAGCUCAGAGGACCACAGAAGAGGAUGUGGAGGACUGGGCACCCAGCGCCAAUCCCGUUGCAUGGACAGAGACAGAGGCAGUCGCAGCCGGACGCCACCACCCCCCCAGAGCCCUGUGACGCGGACCAGGGUUAACGGGACACUGGAGCCCUCUGUGGAGUACUCCAGCUGUCCCCGCUCUAGAUCAGAUCCUUUAGGUAGUCAGCAAGAAGAGGAGAGGCCUAUCACCCCAACUGUCCUGGGGUAUGAAGUCAUGGAGGAGAGGGCCAAGUUCACGGUGUACAAGGUCCUGGUCAGGAAGACUCCAGAUGAGAGCUGGGUUGUUUUUAGACGGUACACAGACUUCUCCCGACUCAACGAUAAGCUGAAGGAGAUGUUUCCAGGCUUCCGUCUCUCAUUGCCGCCUAAACGCUGGUUUAAAGACAACUAUGACAGCGACUUCCUGGAGGACAGACUGUUGGGACUACAGGCCUUCCUGCAAAACUUGGUUGCACAUAAAGACAUUUCUAAUUGCCUGGCAGUGAGAGAGUUUCUCUGCCUUGAUGACCCUCCUGGUCCCUUUGAUAGUUUGGAGGAGAGCAGGGCAUUUUGUGAGACUCUGGAGGAGAGCAACUAUCGUCUCCAGAAGGAGGUGUUAGAGAAGCAGAGGGAAAUCGACUUCCUGAAUAGGAGGCUGGAGGAGAGGGAGCAGGCCAUACUGCUACUGGAAAAACAUAUCAAUCAGGAAUGCGUGAGCCCACAGGGAGACUGUGGGCUCUCGGCUCAGGGCAGUGAGAGCAGCGCAGAUGUGGAAUCGUCCGCAGCAGAAGCUGAUCAGGACGUACCUGAGAACACUGGAGGGAGAUGUGAGGUGCAGCUGGUGCGAUCUUCAGCCUGUUGGUGCGGGCCGUCACUCAGCACCUCUCCUCCAGUCAUCCAGGUCACCCAGCUCUGUCAGCAGAAGCUGGAACACUGAUGUCAGCGGUUUCUUCCACUUUCUCCUCAAUCUGCAUGUCCUUCAAUUUGAGGGCUAAUGAAAACGUAUCUUUUGAUUUUUCUGGCUCUCUGCCACCUCACAGCCUUUCAUCACAACUCCCCCUUCUUUAAGAUUAUUACCGAUGUUUUGCAUUUCAGCCUGAUCUGAGGCAGCCUUCCAUGUAACUCUGUGUAUAGGAUGGAAGAGGAACGGUUUUAUACUGAUGGAGCUUUCCACCUACGAAGGCUUCAUUCUGAAGAUCUUGUGCAACUUAAGAAGCUUGACUUCUUCUGGUUUUGUCUUUAACUACCACAGUGGCCAAAGUUGGGCUUCUUGACCAAAACAAUAAGGGAAUUUAAGAUUAAGAAUCACAUGGCUGGAUAUUUUCAUGACUUUCACAACUGUGACAAUCUACAGAAAACAUGGAUCCUGAUUCCCUCAGCUUCUGCAGACAUGUGUCGACAGAAGCUCUCCGCUCUCGCAGAAGAAACGACAUGCCCACGCAGAUACACCAGUAACUAAACAUCUGGGUGAAUAAACAUCUCAGGAGACGCGUUGGUAACCGAGUGAGUGUCACAGAGGACGUGGCAGUUCUCUCUACUGCCAGCUGCUGUCGUUGCCAUUGACUGACUUUGUUUCUUGUGUUUCCAGUUUCAGUCCAACUUCAUUUAUGGUGGGAUCCCUCUCAUGUUUUCGCUGCGUUAUGUGUCCGGCAAGGCACAUAUUGUGGCGAGAGAGAGUCAAGUAAAUGAAGCCUAUUGUUUACUUAUUGGGGUAAUGUAAAGGACAGUUAAUCAUGUAGUUUCCCAUUCAAUCUGCAUUUAUACAUUAAUGGCUGCUUUUAGACAAUAAUUAUGCCCAUUUAAUUGCUUAAAUAUGUGCAAAAGCACGGGCAUUGGAAUCAAAAUACUAAUUAUUAAAAAGAAACGCUCUUUAUUACCAGCCAGGUGAUAUUUUGCUUCAAUUGCAUUAAUAUUUACAACAUUAAACCUCUACUGGCACCCUAUCUGUUUGUUGGGAUAUGGGUAUAAUUUAACAUUUCACACAUUUUGCCCUUCCUCUGCUGGAGGUGUUAAGAUAUUCAUUUCCUAAAAGGAUGUAUGGCCCUACGAUGAUACAGUUUAUUUAAUCAGAGUUCUGCCUGGGGUGCUCAAACUGCUCUAAUUUCACUGGAACUACUGUUGACAGCACGGUUUCCUGAGUGAGUUGCAGGAAUGGCAGAAUCUCCACAGGCAGAUGUCUGAGAAAACCCCACAACAUGCAUUGUAAGAACCACCUGCAAGGAAAGACCCCCUGCUGAAUAUGUUGUUUGGGUGAAACGUAUCCUCUAUGACACCUGGACACAGUCAGUGCGGUUCUUCUCUACCUGGUAAAAGAAAUCCCAGAAGUUAUAACCUGAGAAGAGCAAUUCUGAAAGACGGUGAACAUGAAGGGCAGAGCCUUGCAAUUUCAACACAGCCUUGGUUUUACGAAAUCAGAGAUCAUAGUACUGUCAUUUUACAAAGAACUAAGGUGACGCUAGUUGCUUUUAGUUCUGUUGAGCCUUGUUGCUGUUGUAUCACCGUGAAAUAACGUCCCCUGAAGCCAUUUUCUUAAACCCAAAUAAGAUGUGAGUCGACAAAGGUUUCACAUGUGUGUAGCAGCUAGUUGUGUGUGUUUGUGUGUGUUUGUUCCCUAAGAAAACACACAUAAAUACACACCUGUUGUCUUAAAGGGCGAGUAGAUGUGGAAAUAGUUUCAAACUAGCCGGGAGAAGGUCGUGUGAUGCACUUUAUGGAUGAAUGGUGAUGGUAAUUGUGAAUUAUUUGUUAGGAUUUGGUUUUAACGACUUCAUUAGUUUGAGAUGGGGAAAACAUUUCUUCAUUCCCAUGUGUUAAAAUGUGAUGAAUGUUUUUUUUUUCCUUUUUUUGUACGUUCACGUAAGAAGUGCCUUGACUAUAUUUCACCUAACUUUUCGUUUGACUCGUGUGAAUAGCUUUAUGGGUUUGUGUGGGAAACGGAUGCAAGAUGUUCUUCUGAUGGAAAUACUGUUUUAAAUAAAUAACACUCGUAUGUGCAAGUCAUUGCUUAGAAUAGACUGGAUGACAUGUUUUUUUGUCAAGAGUAAAUGUAUUCAUAAGAACCCUUAGUUCACAUAUACACCUAUAGUUGCACUAUAAGUGAUUUGUAUGAUUAACGUUUGGUAUCGCUACAGAAGUCCUGGAUUUGCAAAGAUAAAUCACUAAAAUUAUGGUUUGAAAUGAAUACUGUAAUUACUGUAAUGUCCUUUAUUGGAAAUACAUAUUUAAUUCACAUGGAAUUAAAGCCUGCAACUGUA